UAAACCGGGCCGGCCGAACACGACAGCGAAUACCGAUGCAUACAGACGACGCACAAAUUUAAGGUUAAUGGAACAUAACCUGUACAUUUGUGUUGCACCAGUAUUAUAAUUGAAUUUUAACUCAACUUGUUUUGUUGAAUCGAAUGCUGCAACUGUUAAAUAUUGUUUAGUUUGAUAAGCAAUAUAAGAGAGAAAUGGUUCAGGUGGUUCCUGAAACAAUAGAUUUUCCCAAGGAAGAGGAAAAUAUUCUUCGUUUGUGGAAAGAUCUAGAUGCAUUCCGAGAAUCCCUAAAGCAAUCAAAAGGAAAACCAAGAUACUCGUUUUACGAUGGACCUCCAUUUGCCACAGGGCUCCCCCACUACGGCCACAUACUCGCAGGAGCCAUAAAGGAUGUUGUUACUCGUUAUGCUCAUCAAAGUGGGUUCCAUGUUGAACGGAGGUUCGGCUGGGAUUGUCACGGGCUCCCUGUGGAGUUUGAGAUUGACAAAACAUCUUGGCAUCAAAGGGUCCUGCAGGGAUGUUGCCAAGAUGGGGAUUGCCGCUUACAACAAAUGAGUUGUCGGAAAAUUGUGUCACGGUAUUCAGCCGAAUGGGAGACAAUUGUGUCACGAAUCGGACGCUGGAUCG